GGUGUCCAUGGCCCUCACCCCCAAGCUGCCACUGCAGCAGUCAGAGUGGCAGCCAGAGGCUCGGUCCAUGCUGUGCCCCUGGAUGGUGCUGGUGAGGCUGAGCAAGAGGCCUCCACAUCUCGACACCUAGGAGAGCAGGGACAGCGUGCCACCAGGGUAGAGGACCAUGUUGCGUCGUAAGCCCUCCAAUGCCAGCGAGAAGGAGCCCACUCAGAAGAAAAAGCUCUCGCUGCAGCGCUCCAGCAGCUUCAAGGAUUUUGCCAAAUCCAAACCCAGCUCCCCGGUGGUGAGCGAGAAGGAAUUUAAUCUGGAUGAUAAUAUUCCAGAAGAUGACUCAGGCGUCCCUAGCCCAGAAGAUGCUGGGAAGAGUGGCAAAAAGCUGGGGAAGAAGUGGAGGGCCGUGAUUUCCCGAACCAUGAACAGGAAGAUGGGCAAGAUGAUGGUGAAGGCCCUGUCGGAGGAGAUGGGAGACCCUCUGGAGGAGGGCUCAGCCUCCCCGACAUCUCCAGACUGCAGCCUGGACAGCCCUGGCCCUGAGAAGAUGGCGCUGGCCUUUUCUGAGCAGGAGGAGCGUGAGCUCCCAGCACUUAGCCGCCAGGCAUCCACGGGCAGUGAGCUCUGCAGCCCCAGCCCAGGCUCUGGCAGCUUUGGGGAGGAACCACCUGCCCCCGAGUACACAGGGCCCUUCUGCGGCCGGGCACGAGUCCACACUGACUUCACUCCCAGCCCCUAUGACCAUGACUCGCUGAAACUUCAGAAGGGAGAUGUGAUCCAGAUCAUUGAAAAGCCACCUGUGGGCACAUGGCUGGGCCUGCUCAAUGGCAAGCUGGGCUCUUUCAAGUUCAUCUAUGUGGAUGUGCUGCCCGAGGAGGCUGUGGGGCCUGCACGCCCCAGCCGCCGACAGAGCAAGGGCAAGAGGCCCAAGCCCAAGACUCUGCAUGAGCUGCUGGAGCGCAUCGGCCUGGAGGAGCACACAUCCACCCUGCUGCUCAAUGGGUACCAGACGCUGGAAGACUUCAAAGAGCUGCGGGAAACACACCUCAAUGAGCUGAACAUCAUGGACCCGCAGCACCGGGCCAAGCUGCUCACGGCCGCUGAGCUGCUGCUGGACUAUGACACCGGCAGCGAGGAGGCGGAAGAGGGCGCCGAGAGCAGCCAGGAGCCAGGGGCGCGCACGGUGUCGGAACCCAAGGUGGACAUCCCACGCGACUCGGGCUGCUUCGAGGGCUCGGAGAGCGGGCGCGACGAGGCAGAGCUGGCGGGUGCCGAGGAGCAGCUGCACGGCCUCUCCCUGGCCGGGGCGCCUUGAGGCGGCGGCGGCGCAGCCCAGGCUGGGCCCGAGCAGCACGGCCGUGAGCAUGGACCCGGCCUCCCGCGGUGGCCGGCCCGGAGGACUGGCGCCCAGCCUGGGCCUGCUCUCCCGGGGGCGCCUAUGGCCGCAGAGGCCGGCCAGGGCCCUACAGGCUUGGCUGGAGUGGAUGAGGAGCAGUCCACGGGCACAUUCCACCUACCUGGCCCCUUCCCUCCACCAGCUGCUGACAGCACAGCCCUUCCAGGCACUGCCCGCUCCUAGUGCGGCCACAGCAAGUGGGACACCGAAGGGCCACCCUGCCCAUGUCCCUCACCACCAAGGCCUCCAAACUCUCCUUGCCCCCACACCACCUUCCCCUGUCAUGCUGCUCCUGAAAAGGGGACCAAAUCAGUGCUUCAGGUCAGUCUCAAAACCCUAGGGGAGCUGGCCAUUUAAAAGGACCCUAACUGAUCAGGGCUAAGUCCAGAAUUCCCUAAGUAAGGUUUGAAGAAAGUCAUACCGACCUUUCCUACUUUCCUUCUCCUUAACUUUCUUAGAAGUUUGGCCACUAAAUCACUAUGUGUGUUGAACCAAGUGCCUUCCCCAGUCUGGGUCUAGGGCUGGUCGGGAUUAGAAUGGAUAGUUACUGAGGGCCUUGCCAGCUCUGACAUUCUGUGACAUUAAAUGUCUGCUUGCCUGUUACCUGUGGCCCAGGACACCAGUGGGGUUUGCUGAGGGGGCUGGAGGGGCCUUGGGCUCCCAAAUGAAAUGGCUCCUCCUGCUCAUCCGUUCUGUACCUCGCUACAUAACUCAGGUCAAGCUGCAACUUCCCCCAGCUUAAAACAAUGCCCAUCCUCACACAAUACACACCCUUCUCUUCCACUCCUGGCCCCUCCAACGGCACUUUCCCCCAGGCCCAUGGCAGACGGUCAGACCUGGCUUCCAAGGACAGAACAGCCCCUCAGAAGCCAAAUGCAGGUCUGGGCCCAGACUUAGCAGUCAUGUGGGUCCACACAAGCAAAAAAGAAUGAAGCUUGACACUGAGGAGUCAACUACUUUGCCCUGCUAAAGAUUUUGACGUACCCUGAGCUCCAAAAGGCUAGGGAGAGUACCUGUUGAUGGGCGCCUCCCUUGAUCCCAGCCCUGAAUUCCCAGAGUAACCCUUCCCCAGGGCUCACCUGGCCCAGGGACAAACUGCCACUAUGUCUAAGACUGCCUGCUUGGUGAACACUUCUGGCCCUACUACCAGGAACCUUGGUAAAUGUCAGCUUGGGGAAGGGUUUGGGUGUAAAUAUGAGCGGGGUGGAGACAGAUAGGUUGGCAGCAAUAAACAUAG